CGAGGAAAGGCUCCAAUUCCUUCCCGUUUGGAAUGUCACUUUUAGAGGGGAGAAAAAACCUCCAGCUAUUUCCUUCUUCUUUCUCACAAGUAUUUUAUUUUUUUAUUUUUAACACAACCAGCCAGCCUGUUAUGUUGAGCUAUAAAAGCCACACAGAGUAAAUAACUGUCCGUGUCUGCGUAGUGGUGUGAAGUGUGUGUGUGUGCGUGUGCGUCCUCUGCGGGGAGUUGCUUCCUGUGGUCCCUUUCGAACCGCUGAACCGGGCCAUCGACCACCGACAAUCUACGGCCAAACGAUCUGAGGAAAGGAAUGCUCAACGGAGGGAUGUCUCAUUUCCAGGAAAUGAUGCGGCAGCAGCUGGAGAGCUCCAUACACAGCGAGAUGGAGAAGCUUCUGGGCACUACGGCGGGCGCAGAGAGAGAGGCAUGCAAGAAAGACUUUGAGGGCUUCAGAAAUCUCUUCCACAGAUUCCUCCAGGUUAAGGGUCCAUCGGUUGAGUGGAUCAAGAUACAGCGACCACCCGAGGACUCUAUCCAACCGUAUGACAAGAUCGCGGCGCGAGGCCUUCCGGAUGGCGUUGCCGACAGCCUGAACAAGCUGGUGGUGGUGAAGCUGAACGGAGGUCUCGGCACCAGCAUGGGCUGCAAGGGCCCCAAGAGCCUGAUCAGCGUGCGCAACGAGAACACCUUCUUGGACCUCACCGUGCAGCAGAUAGAGCACCUGAAUAAGACGUACAACACGAACGUGCCUCUGGUACUCAUGAACUCCUUCAACACGGACGAGGACACGAAGAAGAUCUUGCAGAAGUACACACAUCACCGCGUCAAGAUCCACACCUUCAACCAGAGCAGGUAUCCUCGGAUCAACAAAGAGUCGCUGUUGCCCGUGUCUACCUGCCUGAGCACGACGGGCCAGAACGCAGAGGGCUGGUACCCGCCGGGCCACGGCGACAUCUACGCCAGCUUCUACAACUCGGGCCUGCUGGAGCAACUGAUUGCCGAGGGCAAGGAGUACAUCUUUGUGUCCAACAUCGACAACCUGGGAGCCACCGUGGACCUGCACAUCCUCAACCACCUGGUGGGACGACACAACGGCAAGCGAUGCGAGUUCGUCAUGGAGGUGACGGACAAAACGCGCGCUGAUGUCAAGGGCGGCACGCUGAUUGAGUAUGAGGGCAAACUGCGCUUGCUGGAGAUCGCUCAGGUGCCCAAAGCCCACGUGGACGAGUUCAAGUCGGUGUCCAAGUUUAAGAUCUUCAACACCAACAACCUUUGGAUCUCGCUGGCUGCCAUCAAGAGACUGCAGGAGCAGAAGGCCAUGGACAUGGAGAUCAUUGUCAACACCAAGACACUGGAUGGGGGUCAGAACGUGAUCCAGCUGGAGACGGCGGUGGGCGCAGCCAUCAAGUGCUUCGACAACGCUAUGGGCAUCAACGUGCCCCGCAGCCGCUUUCUGCCCGUCAAGACCACCUCGGACCUGCUGCUGGUCAUGUCCAACCUGUACAGCCUGGACGCCGGCUCGCUCACCAUGAGCCCCCGCCGGGAGUUCCCCACAACACCGCACGUCAAACUGGGGAGCUCCUUCACCAAAGUCCAGGAGUACCUGACCCGCUUCGAGAGCAUCCCUGACAUGCUGGAACUGGACCAUCUGACCGUCUCCGGUGACGUGACCUUUGGCAAGAACGUCUCGCUCAAGGGCACGGUGAUCAUCAUCGCCAACCACGGGGAUCGCAUCGACAUCCCGGCAGGCUCCAUGCUGGAGAACAAGAUCGUGUCGGGAAACCUGCGCAUCCUCGACCAUUGAGACCACGUCCUCCGUCAUGCGGACCACGCCCACGCCGGUCAUGUAACCCUGCCGCCCCAUGGACAUAUGACCCGCCUGCCUGGCUUCACUAUGUGACCUGUUUAUUAUUUUUUUUACGGGACGCUGCCCCCUGCUGGCCGACAAAGGAAAGUCACAGCUCUAAUGUGAAUACGGUACAGUAUAACAUAGUGUACAAUGAUUCUAUAGUAGCAUAUUAACAAUGACUUAAGUCAUCUGACUGAAAUGAAGUUGAAAGCCUUACCUACUGUUCGUUUGUGUCAUCAUAACACAACAUUGAGCAUUAUUAUUUCGUUCUUUGUGUUGUCAAUCAUCAAGAUGCCAAGCGUGUGCGCGCGCACACUCACACACACUAAGAGUGAGACAGACGAUAGCAAUAAGUGUUGAAGUAUGACUGAGGUCCGAUUAAAGUGCAAUAUCAUACACUAAA